AUGCCGAGAACAACCAGAAGCAAUGCCGCUGCUGCAGCAGCGCUUCCAACCAGAAAGGCUCGUCCAGUUUUCGGUGACGUGUCCAACAAUGCCAAGCGAGGAAAUCCCUCAAAGAAAAAGUCUUCCGAAGAAGUAGAAGCAGCCAACUCAAGGAAAAGAACAGCCUCAGCCCCUGUGGAAGAAGUAGAAGCCACCACCAAUGCUGGAAAACGACGUAGUGCUCGCCUUUCCCAUGGUGCCGUGCAAGAUGAUUUGCCUUCAUCCAAACCAUUGAAGACAGCUGUGGCCUCAAGAAAGGACGUGAACGACAACGUCGAGAAAAAGGCAACAAAAGGCAACAAGAACGAAUCAGUGAACAUGCCACCAAGGCGCACGAGAUCCAUGAAGUUGUCGGAGACGACUGAUGAUGCUGGAGCCAACGAAUCCGACAACACACAACCCAGCAUGGCUAAUCCUGACGCAAAUGAGAAACAGCCAGCCAGACUGACGCGAGCCAAAAGCAGAGGCAAGGCAAAGGAUCCUCCAGGAGGAGAUCUCACUGCUGAAGCUUCGGAAUCGGCCCCAGAUGCCCCAGCCAAGCGAGGGAAAGCCAGAGCAAAGUCAGCAAAGCCACCCGCCGCAGCUGUCGAAAAUGAGCCGACAACCAACGCUAGCAAUGCACAGCUAGAAGUAAGAGCAACCAGGCAGACUCGAGGAAGGGCAUCUGUCAAGCCUACGGAGAGUGAACCAAAAGACGAAUCCAAAGCCCCGGGAAAGGCCACCAAAGCAGACAGGGCAUCUACCAAAGACGCUGAGAGCAGAGGCAAAGCAGCCGUUGAAUGUGAGGAGAAAGCAACAACAACCAGGCAGACUCGCGCUGCCAGAGGAAGGGCAAAGUCUGAUGAUGAACCUCCACCACAGCAACGCAGAAAAACUCGAUCCUCCAGUCUAGCUCGAGACAACGAACAGAAACCUGCUGCAGUCGCCCAACCUAAAGAAGAUCAAAAGAUGCCAGCCAGAAGCACUCGUGCUCGCAGUAGAUCAAAAUCUGCCCAGGCCGAACCCGUUCCAACCAGAACAACCCGACGCGGUUCUUCCAGAGGAGCCAGAGUCAAAUCCUCCGACGCGGAAGUGUCCAACGAAGCUGCAGCCUCCCAACUUCCAACGCAAGCUUCUAGUAGAAGCAACGCCGCAAAGGCAACAGUACAGGUCUGCACAAAAAGACCGACUCGAGGAAAGGGGAAUGCCAAGCGGGCAAGGUCUUCGAAGCGAUCCAGAGACGGCAAUGAUGUAUCUGACGAAGACAACAAGCCAAGAAAGAAAUCCAGAACAGCUAAAACGGCAGCAAGCUCCGUUCCAACGCAGCCUUCCUCCCCUUGCGUUGACUUUGUCCGCCAGGACGACUUUCGUCUUUCGCGCGGCGACGCUUCCAAUGUUCGAUUUGAUGACUCCAAGUUCACGUUGAAAGUUGCACCAGUGGACCAAGUGAAUGUAGGCAAUGUUUUGGAAGCGCCGGAGUAUGUUAGCGACAUUAUGCAACGACUGUUUGCUCGAGAACUUGAGACACGUCCCCAUCCAUACAUGGGAGACCAGCUGCAGCUCAAUACAAGCAUGCGAUCCAUUCUGGUCGAUUGGCUGGUUGAAGUGCACAUGAAGUUUCGUCUCGAGCAAACUACGCUGUAUCUUUGCGUCAACGUCAUUGAUAGGUACCUCGAACUUGUCCAGGUAGAGCGUUCUCAAUUGCAGUUGGUCGGUGUGACGGCCCUUCUAAUUGCAUGCAAGGUGGAAGAAAUCUAUCCGCCGGAAGUCUCAGACUGUGUUUACAUCUGCGAUGCUGCCUACACGAGAGAUGACGUCCUUGAAACGGAGGUAGAAAUCAUGAAGGCGCUGGAGUACAAGCUCUCAGUGCCGACUGGGUAUCCUUUCUUGCUUCGCUUUUUGCACAUCACGGGUGCGACAACUUUGCAGGGGCAUGCAGCCCAGUACUAUAUGGAACGGAUGCUACAAGAAUACAGCUAUUUGAGACACCGGCCGUCUCUAGUUGCUGCGUCGGCAGUCAGUCUGGCCUUGAACAACCCCUCGAUCCGGAGUUACGAGGGAAUCAGCACUCCUGCUCCAGGGGUGCCUUUGGUUUUGCAAGAGUAUACGGGCUACGAGGGUCAGAAGAUUGUGGAGGUUGCUCAGAAGAUUUGCCACAAGGUGAAGAACCCGCACCUCACGAGCUCACGACGAGUCCUUUUCUCGGUCAAAAGAAAGUACGAACACGUCCGCUACAAGUGUGUUUCCGCGGACUUUGCCAAUCCGGAAAUCAAUCAUGUCUUGGACGCGUACGACCAAGCAUCUUCUUAG